AUGUGUUGUAAUCGAAAACUGGAAAAAGUAAUGCGAGACGUACUCGAAGAGCUUACAGCGGAUAAAGACUGGCAGACUUGUAAUGUACAGAAGAUUGCAAAUACACUACAGCCAUUGGCCAGUCUUGGCGAUUUCGCCUCCAAGAGCCACUUCUACCAUGAUCUGAUAUGCAAAAUUGAGUAUCAAGGCAGAUAUUUCGCUGUGUUAUUGCCGAACUCCAAAUCGAAGCAUCAUCCAACGCCACUUAUGCGACCCACGCCCACCUGGUUGCAAAGCCAACAGCUUCUCCAUAGUAGUUAA